AUGUGUAUCGCAGAAUUAAAUGUCUCUCUUAUGCCAUGCCGUCAUCGCUGGUACCAUCUAUCUCGCUCUUGUAGCCCAUCCAGCAACCUAGCCAACUGCCCCAAGAAGCUUGGUCUUUCCGGAUGGGAGAUCAAGUGUGAUUUCUGCCCGUUCUGCUCAGGGUGGAAUCUGUCCACCACCGAAUACCGUCUUGUUGGAAACGAUCGUGCACCCGCGGUGGGUGGUCUGGCACGUACUCCAUCUCUCACACUCUCGACCCAUCGUCGGGAAUCACGACGAGGAAGCCUUUCCCGAACCGACAGCAGUUCUAGCAUCACGAUGAUGGCACAGGAAAAGAACCGCGCCAUGAACGCUCGAGUGGACGCUUACUUCCGCGUCCCACCCCCUGAGACGUCUUCAGUGCCUGCUCCUCUGCGCGAAGUGGAAGAGGAGAACGACGCUACAAUUGGAUCAGGUCCCAGCGACACGUCUUCCGAACCAAGCGAGGGCCAGGAAUCUCUUCGUCACUCGUCGACUUCCUCGACCGAAAAGUCAAGCGGGCUCUUCAAGAAGAUGCGCCGGAAGUCCAAGAGACUAUCCCUCAGCCUCUUCAAGUGA